CCAACGACGCCAUCAUCUGACACCACCGGCCUGUCGCACGUUGAUUACGGCGAGUCUCUCAAAUGCCCCGAAGCAAUUGCGUAAAACGGUAAUUUCACAGUUUCAAGAUGAUCACAGACGUACAAUUAGCGGUGUUCUGCAACAUCUUGGGAGUUACACUGUUCUUCUUGGUGUUCCUCUUCCAUUAUAUAAAUGCAAAUUAUUCGAAAUGAGGAAUGGAAAAUUGUCACUCGAAAUUUAUUUAACACUAUCUUCGUUAUUGGAUUGAGAUAAUGACAUACUAUAUUCCUCCUACAUUGAUGAUCACACAGUCCAGUAAAUGUGUCACUUUGCAGUUGCAGAUAUCAGAAUACCUCAUUCAUAUGUGGCACAAUAAGUAAGAAGCAUUCAAUCUUUUUCCCAUGUUGCGUAAAGAGUUUCUAGAAAAUAAACUUUAUAUCAUGGUUU